GUAGGAAGAAAAUUUGCGCUUUUUUGCUUACCACGACACUUCACAAUUUCCCCCCUAUAAAACAAGUCCCAAACCACUACAUUUUCCUAGGCGUAGUGAAGCAAAAAACGGAUAACCAAAGUUGUGAGAUGGCAGGAGUGAAGUUGCUUGGUGUAUGGUAUAGCCCUUAUAGUCACAGAGUUGAGUGGGCACUCAAGCUUAAGGGUGUUGAAUAUGAGCUUGUAGAACAAGAUCUACAAAACAAGAGCCCUCUGCUUCUUGAAUCCAAUCCAAUUCACAAGAAAAUCCCAGUGCUAAUUCACAAUGGCAAGCCUAUUUGUGAGUCAAUGAUAAUUGUUGAAUACAUUGAUGAGACAUUUGAAGGUCCUUCAAUCUUGCCUAAAGACCCUUAUGACCGAGCUAGAGCUCGUUUUUGGGCUAAGUUUUUUGACGAUAAGGGCGACGCAUUGACGAAAAGUUUUUUUGUCCAAGGAGAGGAGCAAGAGAAAGCUAAAGAGCAAGCUUAUGAGAUGUUGAAAGUUCUUGAUAAUGAACUCAAGGACAAGAAGUACUUUGUGGGUGACAAAUUUGGAUUUGCUGAUAUUGCUGCAACUGGUGUGGCACUUUAUCUGGGAGUUCUUGAAGAGGCAACUGGAAUUGUUUUAGCAACUAGAGAAAAAUUUCCAAUUUUUUGUGCUUGGAGAGAUGAAUAUUGCAGCGAAAACAAGGAAUAUUUACCUCCAAGAGAUGGGCUGCUUGCUGCGUUUAAAGCUCUCUUUCAAGCUGCUGCAGCUGCAGCUGCUGCAAAAUAAAUUUAGGACAAAUUAUGAGAGUUCAAUUGAAUCAUGUUCGAACUAUGUCUAUUAGAAAAAUAAAUAACUAGAGCUUGAAUUCUGUGCUUGAAUAAAAUUAUUUGUCAAAUAAA